UAAUGUUUCCUUUAAUUAAUCUUUAAUCUUUAGAUAAGUAGUGCACGCAUUUAUUUGGGUUAUCUCCUGGAAAGAGAUUAUAGAGAAGAAUAUUGGUGGUUGUUGCCGACGCGUCUUUUGAUCUUCAAUCUCGUUUCCAGUCCACGAGCUCUCUCUCUCGAGCGUAAUCAUGGCUACCGCUGGAAACAAGACCAUCAACGCCAAAUUGGUGUUACUUGGAGAUGUCGGCGCUGGAAAAUCGAGUCUUGUGUUACGUUUUGUUAAAGAUCAGUUUGUUGAGUUCCAGGAAUCAACCAUUGGUGCAGCCUUUUUCUCACAAACGUUAGCUGUUAACGAUGCGACUGUUAAGUUUGAGAUAUGGGAUACAGCAGGCCAGGAACGGUAUCAUAGCUUGGCUCCAAUGUACUACAGGGGUGCUGCUGCUGCUAUCAUUGUCUUUGACGUUACUAAUCAAGCUUCGUUUGAGAGGGCAAAGAAAUGGGUUCAGGAACUGCAGGCACAAGGUAACACUAAUAUGGUCAUGGCCCUUGCUGGAAACAAAUCUGAUUUAUUAGAUGCAAAGAAGGUUACUGCAGAGGAGGCGCAAACAUAUGCUCAGGAGAACGGUCUUUUCUUCAUGGAAACUUCAGCCAAAACCGCAGCUAAUGUCAAAGAGAUAUUCUAUGAAAUUGCAAGAAGGUUACCGAGAGUGCAACCUACAGAAAACCCAACAGGAAUGGUUCUACCAGAUAGGGCCAUGGAUAGGGCAGUGAGUUCAUCUUGUUGUGCUUAGUUAUAUGUAAUGGAAUACAUGCACUUCCCUUAAAGGGGACCUUCUGGUCAGUCAAUAUUGAGUUAUGGACUUCUGUGUUUUGAAUAUCUUUGCUUUGUUUUGCUUGUGUGAACAUUCAUUUUACCAAUUAAAAAGGGUUGUACAUGAAGAUAUCUCAUAUUGAGAGAUAUGAUGUCUACCUCAUAUUGGAACUA